GGCUGGGAGGGGGGGCUCUAUUUCCCGUCGCCUCUCGGGGGCUGGACUCCCAGAGCAAGACGUGCGGCGCGGCCGCCGGGGCCAGGCAGGGCCGGGCUGGACUGGGGGCUCUGGGAGCGCCAUGCGGGGCACCCGGGCCGCCCCCUGCCGGCCAUGGCCAAGGCCGAAGCUGGCGCUGCUGCCUCUGCUGGUGCUGCUGUUCCAGGGUUCACGGCCUCAGGGCGGCCCUGGGACCCUCCCGCCUUCCUCUCCAGGCAGCUCUGGGCCCUUGCAGUGCUAUAGAGUUGGACCCUUUGGCGAUUUGAACUGCUCGUGGGAGACUCUUAGGGACCUGGGAGCCCCCUCCACGCUGCAUCUCCAGAGCCAGAAGUAUCAUUCCAACAGAACCUGGACUGUGACGGUACCCUUCGGGCAGAGCUGGGUGACCAUCCCACGGGAACAGUUCACCACAUCUGAUGAACUCCUUGUCUGGGGGGCCGAGGAGGGCCGGCCUCUCUGGCUCCCAGUCUACGUGAACCUGGAGACCCGAAUGAAGCCAGAAGCCCCCCUACUGGACCCUGAUGUGGACUUUUUAGAGGAUGACCCCCUGGAGGCCACUGUCGAAUGGUCCCCACCUGUGUGGCCGCCCCAUAAGGUCCUGGUCUGUCAGUUCUACUACCGAAGAUGCGACGAGAGGUCUUGGACCCUGCUGGAACCAGAGCUGAAGUCCAUACCGCUGACCCCUGUUGAUAUCCAGGACUUGGAGCUAGCCACUGUCUACGAGGUAUCUGGCCGCUGCCGAAUGGAGAAAGAAGAGGAUCUGUGGGGCGAAUGGAGCCCCAUUCUGUCCUUCCAGACACUGCCUUCUGCUCCAAAAGAUGUAUGGAUAUCGGGGAACCUCUGUGGGACACAAGGUGGACAGAAAUCCCUGCUUUUGUGGAAGGCCCCAGAGUCAUGCGUGCAAGUGAGCUAUAAAGUCUGGUUCCAGGUUAAAGGUCAGGAGCUGAUCUCAGAGGAGACGCCCUACUGUAACUCCUCCAUCCCCCCCCAGGCGGAGUGGGCUGCAGUGUCCGCCAUCAAUGCCACAAGCUGGGAUCCUCUCACCAACAUUUCUUUGGUCUGCUUGGGUCCAGGCUCUGCCCCACAUGGCGUGGUGGUCAGCAGCAUUGCUGGGAGAACAGAGCUGCUGGUGACUUGGCAACAGGGGUCCAGUGAGCCGCAGGAGCACGUGGUGGACUGGGCUCGAGAUGGCGACCGCCUGGAAGACCUCAGCUGGGUCCGGCUUCCUCCUGGGAACCUCAGUGCUCUGUUGCCAGGGAAUUUCCAAGAAGGGGUCCCCUAUCGAAUCACGGUGACCGCAGUCUCUUCUGAGGGCUUGUACCCUGCCCCCUCAGUCUGGAGGUUCAGAGAGGAGCUAGCACCUUUAGCAGGACCAGUGCUUUUGCGACUUCACGAUGCCCCCCCAGGGACCCCGAACAUAGCGUGGGGAGAAGUCCCAAGGCACCAACUUCGGGGCCAUCUCACCCACUACACCUUGUGUACACAGAGUGGCACCAGGCCUCCCGUCUGCAGGAAUGGUGAGCUUUCCUGCCUCCUGCCCCCUGCUCCCAGCCCCACAAGGCCCACCCGUCAGUCUGCCUCCCCGACUCUGUCCUCGGAUGGCCCCUUUGGUUCCCUCUCAGUCCCUGGGCGAACACGUGAUGUCAUCAGUUCCCUAGUGAUGAACAGUAACCCUGGUGGCUGUCAGUGUAAUGGACUGUCACUUGACCAUUAA